GCGCACAAUCAGCACCAGCUUGUAAAAGCCUGUAGAAUACUGUCGAAAUGUACACAUUACGCUAUGGUCGAGAAUCGCUGCAAGUGCAUGUGAGCCCUAACGCUGUGGAAGAGGUUGCAGCUGCAAUUACAGCAUGGAAGGGGCUUUCGCCGAAGGACUACUACAUAACUCAGAAUGGCCGUACGAUUGCCAGCUGGAAAACGGUGUUCUCCAGCGCGCCGUUGUGUAUCAACGACAGGCUUCUUGGGGGCAAGGGUGGCUUCGGUUCUAUGCUGCGCGCGAUCGGGGCGCAAAUCGAGAAAACCACCAAUAGGGAAGCGUGCCGUGAUCUGAGUGGGCGCCGCCUGCGCGACAUCAAUGAGGAGAAGCGGCUGAAGGCGUAUCUGGAGAAGCAGCAGGAAGCGUCGGAAGAUAAGCGGGCUAAGAUUGAGAAGAAAAUCGCCAAAAUGCUCGCCAAAUCGAAGCCCGAGUUCGACGAUGAACAGUACGAAGCUGCGCGCAGUGAGCUGGUGGUCGCGGUGGAUGAGGCAUUAGAUAAAGGAUUGCAGCAAUCGGCCGUGGCAAAGUCACUCGUGGAAGAAGAAGGACCGAGCGGCACGUCCCGUUCACGACCUGUGACAGCAAAGAGGAAACGUCCCACAAGCAUAAGAGACUGCUCAAAGCGAACCCGUACAGAAGUAUGGCUCGGAGCGGAACGUCUUUCCUCGGGCAGUGAGAGUGAUUCUUAAUUCCCUUUUUCGUUUUGGUUUCGAAACUCGACUGCGACUUCGUUACAAAAUGUAACGUAGCUUGUGAAGUGUAUUGAAAAAAAAAAUGUAACGUAAAUUUAAUGUGAUUUAAGUUUUUUUUAUGUCUGUUUUAAAUAUGGACCUUUCUGUUCCAAAAGAUAAAAAGGUACUUGUCCCACUUUCUUUCUUUUUUUAUAUAAUAAACUAGCUGCCCCGACAGACUUCGUACUGUU